GGAGAGGAGAGAGAGACUUGCGAGAGAGAGGAGAGGGAGAGACAGAGAGUCAGAGACCGAUCUCGAGAGAGGCCGGGUCCGGGUCGAUAAAAGGGCAAAAAGGCAUAGGCAGAUAGCAGCUCGGAGCCAUGGCCGUACGCGCAUAUUACUAGGAGUAGGAGAGGAGGAGGAGCAGCAAAUUAAAGGCAUAUAUAGGCAAAUAGUGCUACUGCUACGACUAGUGCUCGUAGCCGCUACAUACAAGGUGACGAGAGAGAGAGAGAAGGAGAGGAGAUCUUGAUCUAGUUCUAGCUAGUAGAGUGGUAGCUAGCAGUGAAGAAGAAGAAGGGAAGCUGAGCUAGCUAGGAAGGGGCGGGGAUAGGAAGGAAUCGAAGAAGAAGAAGCAGCAGCAGCAGGAGCAGCAAGAAGCAGGCAGGCAGGGACGAGAUGGGGCGCGGCAAGGUGGAGCUGAAGCGGAUCGAGAACAAGAUCAGCCGGCAGGUGACGUUCGCCAAGCGCCGGAACGGGCUGCUCAAGAAGGCGUACGAGCUGUCGGUGCUCUGCGACGCCGAGGUCGCCCUCAUCAUCUUCUCCAGCCGCGGCCGCCUCUUCGAGUUCUCCACCUCCUCAUGCAUGUACAAGACGCUGGAGCGAUACCGCAGCUGCAAUUUUGCAUCCGAAGCAUCAGCUCCACUAGAGGCUGAAUUAAAUAAUUAUCAGGAGUACUUGAAGUUAAAGACAAAAGUUGAGUUCUUACAAACAACUCAGAGAAAUCUACUUGGUGAGGACUUGGGUCCACUUAACGUGAAGGAGCUAGAGCAACUUGAGAACCAAAUUGAGAUAUCUCUCAAGCAUAUCCGGUCAUCAAAGAACCAGCAGAUGCUCGACCAACUCUUUGAUCUCAAGCGCAAGGAACAACAACUGCAAGAUGCUAACAAAGACUUAAGAAGGAAGAUACAAGAAACUAGUGAAGAAAAUGUGCUGCGACUGUCUUGCCAGGACAUUGGGUGUAGUGGAUCUAGUGGGCAUGGUGAUGAAGCCAACCAAGAACGCCUUCACCUUGCUCUUGAUCCUUCCCUGCAUAUAGGGUAUCAAGCUUACAUGGACCACAUGAACAAUGAUUAAGUUGCUUCUUUGUGCUCUGUGUUCUAGUGCCCAUGGAUCUUCUAUAUAUGUUGUUGGACGUAAUGCUUUUGACAAAUCCUCUAUAUUUAACCAUAUCGGUCCUAGCUUUAUGCUACUGUAUUUACUAAACUAAGAACUCCUAUGACUCUUUUGUUCAAGAAGAAUGAUCUGAUCAUGACUUUCUUGCUAAAUAACUACCGUAUCCCAUUCUGAA